AUGAGUUAAACUAAUUUCGUUAGUAUUAGCGGGACAGGAUUAAAUCCGAUGAGCCCUCCUACCAUAAAAUAAUAGGUAAAGGAUUUUGAUGCAAAAUUCUCACUGCAGUAGAGUUAAAGCGAAGAUAUUGAAGAGUUGAAGAAGCAGUUAUAAAGUCUUCAGCUUGAAGUUAAGAUAAAGAAUGAUCAGAUCAAAAAUUAGGACAGAAAUUAGCUGGAAUUGACUCAGUAGAAUUAGAAACUCUACCAACACACUAAAGAGCUAUAGUAAAUGCUUUACUACAAGCAAUAAUAAAUUGAUAAAUACAAGACUCAGAAUGGGAUUUACAAAACAAAUGUUGGAUGCUUGGAAAAGACUUUAUAAAUUUUGUGUGAAGAUAUCUCCAAACAAGAAGGAAAGAAAAAAAUUCUACUUGAUUUGAAUUAAAUGAAAUCUGAGCUGAUUGAGUUGAGGGAAGCUCUCAUGCGCGCUGAAGAAGCAAAUAAUUACACUUCUCCCUCUCUAACUAACUUAGAUAUUAAGAUCCAAGAAAGCAUUUAGGAUUACUAGAAUUCAAUUUCUCCUAUUAGAUCUAAUAAGGCCCUACAAAACAAUUCAAAUUAAUAAAUGGGCUCAUAACAAUAAUAGUAGUUCAUUCAAUAAUUGCAAAAUUAAUAGUAGACUAGUCUCCAAGUAUUACCUGAUAUUAAUGGAAACUUUACUAAUAGUGCCAAUCAAGUAACCAGUACUAAUAAUAUGAAUGGUCUUAAUGGUCUUAGCAGCAAUAACAUUGGCAAUAAUUAAAAUAAUAACAAUAGUAAUACUUUGAAUCCUAAUAAUAAAGAUCAAAGAAAAUAUUAUUAAAUUCAUUAAUAAAAUUCAACGAAUAAAUUCGAAUAUGAAGUAAUGCCAGUAGGAAGCUAAUAGUAAAUCCCUGUGUCUCAGAUGUAAAUAGAAAGUGUAGAUAAUUUGGAAGAAAGAAAAGAAAAUUCUGUUCAUGCUAGUCCUAGCACAUCAGAAUAAACUGAUGACAAGGAUAAUUCCUAGAAGCUUAUCUAAAAAAUCCUAAGCGAUGGAGAUCCAGAUUAUUCGAAAAAUUUCAUUCUUCUCAAAUGGUUAUCUGAUACAAGCUCAGAAUUCAAUAAGAUCAAAAUGGUUUAUUAUAACAACUAUCGUGGAGUUCAUGCAAGACAAAAAAUAAAGAAAGGAGAGUGUAUUUUGUUUAUACCUGUUGAUAAUAUGAUUACACUUGAGCUUUCUAAAGAGCUGCCUAUUUGCUAAUUAAUAGAGUCUAAAAACAUUCGCUUGCUUUCACCAAAGCACACAUUCUUAUCAAUUUAUAUCAUCAUUGAAAAGAAGAACCAUAAAUCAUUUUGGAAACCAUUCUUAGAUAUUCUUCCAGUUGAGUAUACUACAUUCCCUAUAUUGUACACAGAUGAAGAGCUCUUUUGGCUUAAAGGUUCUCCAUUUCUAAAUUAAGUUAAAGAGAGGAGGGAAUGUAUCACUUAAGAUUACCAAGCUAUUGUCUCAAAAAUACCAGAAUUCGCUAAGCUUUGCACUUUAGAUGAAUUUGCUUGGGCAAGAAUGAUGGCAGCUUCCAGAAUUUAUGGUUUGUUUAUAAACAAAAAAAGAACUGAUGCAUUUGUUCCCUUAGCAGAUAUGUUUAACCAUCGUCGUCCUGCAUAUACUAAUUGGGGCUUUUGUGAAGAUAAAGGAGGAUUUAUGUUGAAAGCUUCUGAAGAUAUUCGUAGAGGUGACUAAAUAUAUUAUUCAUGUGGGCGUAAGUGCAACUCAAGAUUCUUACUCAACUAUGGCUUUGUUGUUAAGAAUAAUGAGGCAAAUGAAAUCUAACUAAGAGUUGAUUUUGAUAAAAAAGACGAAACUUUACCCAUAAAAUUAUAAAUGAUUGGAAAGAGAAAACCUGAAUCACUCAUUUUCAGGAUUCAUAUUAAUUAUGAAGAAAAAAGUGUUUUAGAAUUCUUCGGUUUUCUGCGUUUUGUUCUGAUUCGUGAUUAUAUCGUUCUUGAAAAGUUCCAUGAAAUGUCAGAAGGAAAAGAGUUUGAUCCUCUGAGAACUCCUCCUUUCAGUAUAGAAAAUGAGAAGUAAAUGUGGACAGAAAUUCAUAAGAUAUGUGCAGAAAUAAUGAUUUAGUAUCCUACUACAUUAGAUGAGGAUAAGAAAAUUUUAGAAACUUCAAAAUUAACUAUUAAUUAAAAGAACUGUGUCAUCCUAAGAAUGGGAGAAAAAGAAAUUUUAAUGUAUUACAUUACUAUGGCUGAUAGAAUGAAGAAGCUCCUAACAAUGACAAAAACAGAAGUGAAAAAGCAUAUCUUAUAGAAUUAAGAGUACACUAAAUACUCAAGUUACGUCAAUGGUAUUGUUCUUUCUCUUUUAACAAAGAGGGAAACUUACGAUGAAGAGUGA